CAUGUCGGGAAUCAAAAAGAAUACUGGAAUAACCCCUGAUGUUGCUCUGAUUGGAGAGCCAAAUGUGGAGUACUAUGUUACCAAAUAUUUUGAUUAUGGUGAUUUUGUCUAUGAUAACGCGGUCACUUUCAUGAAAACCUCUAAAUACUUUGUCAAAAACUUAUUUUGAUUCAACUGGAGAUGAGCCUCAUGGCUCAUUAUUUUCUAUCAACUAGUGCUAUUCUUUUUCCAACAAGCGACCUGCAACGUU